ACUAUAAAGUAGUUGAAGAGGAAGGCGCCGGAGCGGUUUAUUCAACUGUGGUUUUCAGUCGUAUUUUGUGGUCAUAUGUUUAAUCUUUAUUUGGUGAUACUAUUAAUUUAUUGCUAGAUAUAAAGAAUAUAGAUUUAACCACAAUAAUGGCAUUUCCCAUAACCGUCAUAUCAGUAACAAUUACAAAGCAGUACAGGCCAAUAUCAUUUUUAAACGUUUUUACUCAUAAAAUAAAACAAUACAGCACAACGAAGGUGGAAUACAAUAAAAAUGAGUCUGUAGUAAUACCAAAAAAUAUACUGGCAGAUGAGGUAACCACAGAGAAGCCAACAAGUUUUGGUUUGAUUUAUGACACUAAACCAUCCAAAGUACUUUUAAAAGCAAAAAAGCGAUAUAACUGGUGCUGUUGUGGCCAAAGCAAAAACCAGCCUUUCUGUGAUGGGACACACAUGAAUCCCUUCAAGAGGAUAUCUUUGCGGCCAGUAAAGUUCAUGGUGGAAGAAGAAAAGGAAUACCUUCUGUGUAAUUGCAAGCAGACUGCACAUCGGCCAUUCUGUGACGGUACUCACAAACGAGAGGACAUUCAAAAACAUGUCAAAUCUUAAUUGUUACUGUUGAGGAUUGCUCUUUUACACAAAGGCUGUAAAUGUUCUGUCUGCUUUCUGUAUGUAGUGUAUAAUACUGUAACAUUCUAAAUAUUAUUACUUUAGCUUACAGUAGAUUACUGAAAUCUGUUUUAUAGUAAUAGCAAAUAGUGAAUGUGGCUGGGGAUCAGGUAGUGAUAUACCAACACUCAAGGAGACCCCACACACAUACAUAUGUGCAGGGGAUCAAGCCCGGUCACAUUUCUGCCCUGUUAGUUACCUAGAGCACUUCCCCAAUCAAUCCCAGACUUUCGUAUUUGUAAUUUUAUGUUAAAGUAUAACAAACAACAUAUAAUACAAUGAAAUUAUCACAGAGUA